AUGUGGUGUUUGCCUCCUCUAUCUUCUGUUCGCCGCGCCUCUUGUAAGGGAAGGGAAGGGAGCCCAACCUCUCCCGUGCUGUCCAGUCCCGGUGGUGGCGGCUGGCACGGGGUAAAAGACGGAGACAACAUGUGGGAAAAGAGGGGUGCCGCUGCCCUUUGCUGCCCGUUUCGACGGCUGGCCCAUCGGCUGACUACAUCAUUGUUGCUCUCCCGAUUGCCAGUGAAUCAUCAGCAACGCCAUCGCGGUACGGUUGCCGCACGUGAUUUCAUGACGGCAGGUUUAAGCUGCAGCAACAGCAAUAACAGCCUGGCCUAUUCAUGGGUGUGGAAUGAAACAGAGAACUGGUGCAGUCUCUGUCGUGAGCCACACAAUGGGUGGAACGAACACCGCGGGAAGCGUGACCAUAUCUGCCUUGAAAUGUUUUACAAUGCGCUUGUACAGUACAGCCGUCGGUGGACACCAGCAACAUUGUGGUGGGAAGUGGAGAAGUGUGCAUUUUUUCGGCGUCCCUCGCCAGAGCUACCCUACCCCAGUCUAGAUAUAACACAGGAACUUAUAGGCGAAUCUUACGUCGACUAUGUGCAUGCCCCAACAGCGGGAAAAGACAAUCUUAGCGCCCUCAUGAAGUACUAUGAUCGAGCCGAGCACUAUGAACGUCGGUUGGAACUCUAUGCAUGCAUUCAGCAUCUUAUUGAAAAUGGUAUUUUGCGCACAGAUCGAGCAUCACUCAGUGGAGGGUCAUCCUUUCAUGGAUCCCUUGUAACAUUUAAGGAGCUUUUCCCGAACCUCGUGAACAUGUUUCCAUACGCCGAUGCCAAGGAGAUUUCUGCAUUGACACAAAUGAUUGCGUCGACCUAUAACAGUGAGACGGUCUUUGAUCUGUGUAAUUUCCGGAUGCUUUUUCCUUGGGACCAGGGACAAGAAGCAAAAACGACAAAGAGCAACGUGCCGCCAACCACCGGGGAGCACCGGGGUGAUUUUAUUUCUGAUAGUGCUGUCGGAGAGUACUCGUAUCACUGGAAGGCUGUGUUUUGCCGCGGUGUUAUGGGCCAGUUGCGGUGGGCGUUGGAAUCCGACAGUGUGGCAUGUCCUCUGCAAACAGGGGAAGUGAAGGGCGGGGAUUUUAGAGACCAUUAUUUGCAGGUCCUCGCGGAGCACACGUGCCGCGCCCUUCUUGCGGAAAUGGUGUUUUGUCGCGUCUCAGAGUACGUUGUACGGGUGGAAGGAGUAUGGCGACAACGAGGCCAAGAGGUGGGACAUAAUCCGAACACAACUGGCAGUCCAAGUGAAGAAGACGCACUGUUGAAGUUGACAUCAAACUGGGGCAUGCUCAAGUACAUGGAUGACCACUUCUACGAGCCAUCCUUUGGAAACAGUCUGCCAAACGAUGGAAUUCCAAAAGGGAGGCGGGCUCAGGUUAAUUGA